ACUCUGCAUACAAAAAAGAGCCGUUCAAAAGAACCGGAUCGUCCAUGAACGCAACAUUACAAACGUCGGACUGGCUUCAACUGCGGCGCACAUCUGCAGAGACAGACGACUAUGCUUCAAUAGAUCUAAACAUUAACAGUGUUUAUAAUAUUCUGAGCUAAGACACACAGACCUUUAACUCUUUACUGCAUGCAGCGUGCGUUCUGCCAUCCAUUGCUCUGCACAGGGAGACCAAACUAAUCGAUUACCGAGGCGUUUCUGCCGAAAAGUGCCUCAAAACAACAACAACAACAUCCUCCUUACUUGUCCUCUGUUAUCCAGGAGGAAUGAAUAAUCCACCAUGGCCGAAAGGGAAGAAACUAGUUCACCUGGAUCUGAAAGGAGCCCCUCCAAGAGUAGGAUACCUGCACAAGCUGAUAGAGCUGUUCUCCCAGCUGGGGGCGGACGGUCUGCUGGUGGAGUAUGAAGACAUGUUUCCCUAUGAGGGGGAGCUGCAGCUGCUGCAGUCCAAACAGCACCCAGCUUACAGCCGAGAGGAGGUUUUAUCCAUGCAGGAGUUUGCUAAAUCAAAAGGCUUGGAGGUCAUCCCGCUUGUGCAGACGUUUGGUCACAUGGAAUUUGUGUUGAAGCACGGGCCCCUGAGCAGCCUGAGGGAAACGGCCCCCUGCAUCGGGACCCUGAACCCCCACAGAGAGGAGGGUCUGCAGCUGCUGAUGGAGAUGCUGAAGCAAGUGGUGGAGCUGCACCCGGGAGUAAAGACUCUGCACAUCGGGGCGGACGAGGUGUACUUACUGGGGGAAGGUGAGGAAUCCAAGCUGUGGCUCUCCACCCCUGAACGCACCGUGGAGCAGCUGUUCCUGAGUCAUGUGACCAAAGUGGCCGGGGCAGUGAAGGCAGCAUGGCCGAACAUCAGCAUUAUCAUGUGGGACGACAUGCUGAGAGGCAUGUGCCCGGACACACUGAAGGCGAGCGGCCUGGUGGGACUGGUCCAGCCCAUGCUGUGGGACUACACCCCGAAUCUGGACGUGGACAAGACUGUGUCCCUGCUGGAGAAGUACUGCAGUGCAGGUCUGUGUGAUGUGUGGGCGGCGAGCUCCUUUAAAGGCUCCACCUGCGUCCACACCUGUGUGCCGAACACCCAGAGACAUCUGGACAACAAUGAGAGGUGGCUGCAGGUCGCUGCCUCCGUCUCUGCUGCUGUUCACCUGCAGGGCAUCGCUCUUACAGGCUGGCAGCGGUAUGACCACCUGUCCGUGCUGUGUGAGCUGAUGCAUGUCGCUCUUCCUUCGCUCGCAGCCUGUCUGCAGACGCUCAUCCUCGGUCAGUUCAGUGCCGAGGCUCAGAGAAACGUGACGGAGAGACUGGGUAUCCCUUCAGUGGAGGUGGAGGACAUCGGGAGGACUUCUGCAGACGACUCUCUGUUCCCAGGAAGGAGGCUGGCUGAGUUAACCGUGGAGCUCAAUGCACUCCUGAACUCUGAGGACAUACGAUUUUUUGACAACAACAUGUACGUCAGAGGAUGGUUCAGCCCUUACCACCGACAGAGGAAAAUGGUCACCUCCCUCAUCAGCAGGCAGAUCCACAGCCAAGCAUCAACGUAUUUGGGCCCGAUGCAAGAGAAGGUGGAGGCACUGAAGGAGGAGAUGGUGCGUCUUUACCCGGAUUCAACCGCAGAGGAGUGGAUAGAGGAGCACGUCAGCCCUGUGAUGGCUCCUCUGCAGAGGAUAACGGAGGACUUCACUUCCUGUCUGAAUGAAACGCAGCCUUAGACUAUUUUGCCGGCUCAAAAUCAUUCAAUUCAAUGUUGGUGUGUUGAUUUUUUUGCAAGCAGCACUUUAAAUGGCAAAAGAUAUGUCUUAAAAAUUCUCCCAAAUGCUAUAAUUGUUAGUGUCAUAACAGCAGAGGCAACUGGGUCGCUUUUCCUUUUCCUGGCAUUUAAAAUGUGAAUAUAAGCGCCAACUGCUGAAUGUAUAUUGCACAAACUGUUAAGGAAAACAUAGAAAAGGGGACUUCAAAAACAUCGGAAUAAACGGAGACUAUUAAAUCAAACAAACAAACACAA